CCAAGUUUAAUUCACAAUUUUAGAUUCUGCUUCACCAAUCAGAAUACGAAACGUGAAAUGCAAAACCUAAAAAAUUUGGUUGUGAACGCCGCCGUUUGGAAAUUGGAAGUCAUUCCAGUGUUUAAUUCAAUUCAGUGCAGGUAAGUUGUCGGUCCAUAAGGUUGGCAAUGGCAACACCCAAGAUCAAGAUCUGGCAACGCCACAGACAGAUGAAGAACUGUCGCAGUCGCAGUACUAUCCUAACCUUAUUUUUCUCCAAAUCAAAAUCAAAACCUCGAAACAUGUAAAAACCUGAGGUAAAAACCGAUUAUCUGGAAAUGAACGCAAGCGCAAGCCGAACCCGAACCUCUCUCACGCUCACACAAGUUUGGGCGUACGUUUUUUUAGUGAGUAGUGGUUCGGAUUGGAAGCGCGCUGCCCGGAAUUUGAUAUCAAUUAUUCAGUGACCCCUACUAUAAAUUUCUUCGGCCGAGACCGCGCUCGUCAUACCAAUUCGAAAGUGUGUCGUCCGUGGAAGGCAGCGAGAGUAGCGAGACUGGUGAGUGGUGAGAGUGACCACGCGAAAUGAAAGAAUACACCCAAGUGACGAUGCCGAACUACUCUUACGUUUUCAAUUUCGAAUCUGACUUCAUUCAUCAAAAAACCCGCACAUGGAUGCAAGACAACUGGACCCUCGGCUUCUAUUAUGUGGGCAUAUACAUGGUGCUCAUUUUCGGGGGCCAACAUUUGAUGCAAAACAGGCCCAAAUUCGAGUUGAGAGGAGUUCUGGUGCUGUGGAGUACACUGCUGGCUACUUUCAGCAUUAUGGGGGCUUGCAGGACAGUCCCGGAGUUUCUUCACACACUCACACACCAUGGUCUGUACCAUUCAGUUUGUAUUCCUUCAUUCAUCGAACAAGACAAAGUAUCAGGAUUCUGGACGUGGAUGUUUGUGCUCAGCAAAUUGCCUGAAUUGGGUGACACAAUUUUCAUAGUACUCAGAAAACAGCCGCUCAUCUUCCUGCACUGGUAUCACCACAUCACAGUGCUUUUGUAUUCCUGGUUCAGCUACACAGAGUACACUGCCAGUGCCAGGUGGUUCAUUGUGAUGAAUUACUGUGUUCAUUCUGUAAUGUAUUCCUACUAUGCUUUGAGGGCAAUGAGAUACAAUCCCCCUAGGCAGAUUGCCAUGGUUAUAACAUCCCUUCAGUUGCUGCAAAUGGUUGUGGGCUGUGCUGUGAACCUUUGGGCCAGGCAAUUGCUACAGCAACAAGCAGAGUGCCAUAUCACCCCUUUCAACAUUAAGCUGUCCAUUGCUAUGUACUUCAGUUAUUUCGUCCUGUUUGCUAGGUUCUUUUACAAAGCAUACAUGAGUGGAGUCAGGAGAAGUAAGGAUAGGAGUGCUCCUGUAACUGCUGAGUAUCCUCUGCUGAAGUCUAAGAUACAGUAAAUUUUAUAUGCAUUCAAUAGGACAUUAUUUUUGCUGAGUUGGUGCAUAGAUAGGCUUCAAGCUGUGAAAUUCUAUUAGCAAAGAGAUAAUUAUGGUAGGGUAGCAAAUGAAAUUGGAUUCUUAUCUGAUUCUGUUGGUUCAUUAAGUGCUUCCCACACAUUUGGUUCAGUCAUCUCUCGAGUCAUCUUGAAUAUUAAUUUUAGAUUUUUGGGGACCUUCACAAAUAAUCUAGGAAUCAAAAUGAAAAAUUUCAAUUAUGUGUUUGAACUGAGAUUUCAUGAUUUUAAAUUUACAUGAAACAUGAAUAUAAUUCUCAUGGAUAGAUGAAGAUCACAGCUUUCUAGAAAAAUAUACAUAAUAUUCUAAUUCAAAUUCAAUUUGCAUAUUGUUAUACUUAUUUAUUUU